UUUUCUUCCCGAGAAUUCAGAGAGACAAUAAUAAUAAUCAGAAAGUGCUAAAAAGCUUUAAAAAAACGCAGGAAGGAGGAGGAGGAGGAAGAGACCAUCUCCACCUUCAAAAAUCAGAUAGAAAGAGAGAGAGAGAGAGGCCACAACGCUUUGAUUCUUUUCGUACGUUCCUCUUCUCCGUACCUCGCAGAUCCGCGAUCCGAUCCUUGUCUAAGUUUUACAUUUUCUUUUGACAUCAAAGGCUUCGUAGAGGGUGUUUAACGCAUUUGUUUGUUCCUGGAACGAACAUAUACGAAGAAGAUGAAGAAAGUCUUCGGUCAAACUGUCAGAGACCUCAAGAGAGAGGUCAACAAGAAAGUUCUUAAAGUCCCUGGAAUAGAACAGAAGGUUCUAGAUGCUACUAGCAAUGAGCCAUGGGGACCUCAUGGAUCACUUCUGGCUGAUCUUGCGCAAGCUUCAAGAAAUUACCAUGAAUACCAGCUGAUCAUGGGGGUCAUAUGGAAACGACUUAGCGACACUGGAAAGAACUGGAGGCACGUCUAUAAGGCUUUGACAGUUUUGGAGUACAUGGUAGGCCAUGGGUCAGAACGUGUUAUAGACGAGAUUAGAGAGCGUGCAUAUCAAAUCUCGACAUUGUCCGAUUUUCAGUAUAUUGAUUCUGGUGGUAGAGACCAAGGAAGCAAUGUUAGAAAGAAAUCACAGAGCCUGGUGGCGUUGGUUAAUGACAAAGAAAGAAUCGCUGAGGUCAGAGAGAAGGCUGCAGCUAACAGAGAUAAGUAUCGCAGCUCAGCACCAGGUGGGAUGUAUAAGCCUUCAGGAGGAUAUGGGGACAGAUAUGAUUACGGAUCCCGGGAUGACGAGCGAAGUAGUUAUGGGAGAGAAAGAGAAUAUGGUUACAGGGAUGAUGAUAGAAACAGUCGUGAUGGAGAUCGUUACUCUGAAGACCGGUAUGGGAGAGAUGGUAACAGGGAAGAUGAUUACAGGGGAAGGAGCAAAAGUGUUGAUAACUUCCCACAUAGUUCACGGGGUAGGAGUUCUGAUAGGGAACGGACGUUUGAGGAUGAUGGCCAUUCUUCAUCACGGGGUAGUAAUGCUCGAGCUGAUGACAAUUCUCAGGAUGGGAGAGGUUCGCUCCAGAGGAAGUUUUCUGAGCAAAAUAUUGGUGCUCCACCUAGUUAUGAAGAAGCUGUCAGUGAAUCACGGAGCCCUGUAUAUAGUGAAAGGGAUGGUGGGGAGACCCCACAAGCUGCUGCUCCAGCAGCUGCUUCUCCUCCUCCUCCACAAGCUGUUGCUCCAGGAGCUUCUUCUCCUCCUCCUCCACAAGUUGCUGCCCCAGGGGCUGCUUCUCCUCCUACUGGAAGCAACACAGACAAUAACUCUGCUGGUUUUGUUACUGAAUCUUCUCCGCAGAAAUUUGAGACUUUUGAUGAAUUUGAUCCACGCGGUGCAUUUACAGCUGCCCCUCCAGCAUAUGCAUCUGCAGACGGUGCUUCAGCUCCUCCGACAGUGGCUUCGACAACUGCUCCUCCCACCUCAAACAGUGUCGAGAUGGACUUACUUGACUCCCUCGCAGACGUAUUUUCAUCAAAUGCAUUGGCCAUUGUACCUGCUGAUUCUACAUCUGGAGAAACCAACGGACAAUCAAAUGCUCCAUCAUUUUCUACAUCGCAGCCAUCAACUCAGCCGUUUGAUGACCCAUUUGGUGAGUCUCCUUUCAAAGCCUUCACUUCUACGGACACCGACUCAAACCCGCAGCAAAGCUUUGGCGCUCCUUUCCAGCCAACACCACCAGCCUUCACCUCGGAGGCCUCACAUACUGAUACUACUGCUCAUAACUUUGGAUUUGAGGACUCAUUUACUGCUGCUAAUCCUGAACCUGCUGGUCAGAAUGUGCAAUCUCCAUCAAACUCCCCAGGUUUUCCUCAAGAACAGUUUGCCACAUCUCAUAGUGAUAUUGAUAUUCUUGCUGGCAUUCUCCCACCAUCUGGUCCUCCAACUUCACUUCCACAUCACUCGGGUGCCUCAGCUCCAACAUCUCAGUUUCCUCACAGUGGAAACAACAUGUAUGAGGGAUUUAAUCCUCAGCCGGUAAAUGCAGCUCCAAACAUGCCCGGACAAACUCCAUUUGGACAAGGUGUACAACCAUAUAACAUGGUUCCUCAUUCACAAAACAUGACUGGAGGCACACCGUAUCACAGUGGAGGCUUCAUGCACCAGCCUGGCUCAGCGAAUUACAACCCUGGAGUAGUAACUUCACACCCUACAAGCGAAAGCUUCCUUCCACGACCAGUUGCUGCCGCUUCAUCCAGCUCACAGACUCCUUAUUCUAACGCCAGUGGACCAGCCGGUCAGUUCAUGGCACACCAGGGUCAUGGAAUGCCACCUUCCCAUGUUCCACAAAGAACUCAAUCUGGGCCUGUUACUAUGCAAGGGAACAACAAUUUCAUGGGAGACAUGUUCUCCCAACCUGGGCGAACAAACUCCUUGUCGUCAUCGUCAUCUCAACCAGAUCUCACACCUUUCACAGGAGCGAUUGAGAUUGUUCCUCAGCCUCAGAAAAAGUUUGAGCCGAAAUCAUCAAUCUGGGCAGACACGUUGAGCAGGGGUCUUGUCAACUUUAACAUAUCUGGACCUAAAACAAAUCCAUUGGCAGACAUAGGAGUUGACUUUGAGGCGAUCAACAGGAGGGAGAAACGGCUUGAGAAACCUACAAACACACCAGCACCAACAUCGACUAUCAACAUGGGUAAAGCAAUGGGAUCAGGAACUGGCUUAGGGCGUGCAGGUGCAAAUGCUAUGAGACCUCCACCAAAUCCAAUGGUAGGCUCUGGCAUGCCCAUGGGCGGUGGGGGAAUGGGUGUUGGUGGGUAUGGGGGUAUGAACCAAAACCAACAACCCAUGGGUAUGGGUAUGGGAAUGGGACCAGGCAUGAACAUGAACAUGAACAUGGGAGGAGGAUAUGGCCAAGGCUAUCCAAUGCAACCACAAAACCCAGGGAUGGUCCCUGGUCAGAACAUGCCAGGCAACAACAACAACUAUAAUCCUAUGAUGGGUCAAGGCGGUUACAAUCCUCAACAACAACAAUAUGGUGGUGGAUACCGGUAAGAGACCAAAGCCAAAAAAUAACCACACUAGACACCGCUUGUAAUAUCAAGAACGGAACACACUCUAGUUCCGCCUUUGCCCUUUUAUAUUACCUUUUACAUGAGAUAUGUAAUAUCAGUGGACAAAAGUAGUUGGGUUUGGCCAGCCGCUUCACGGAAGUACUCAGCUUACAGUAUUCACCCGGUUCCUCGGAGUUUCUUUGCCUAUUGAUCUUCACCAUCAUUCUUUUUUCUCCUCUUUUUUUAUUAGUAUGGACCAAAACUGAGAGUGCUUUGUUGUUAUACUUGUACCGGUGAUCCCUCGUGUCUGCCCUUUUUGUUAUAUGCAUAUAAUUUUUUUUUUUAUUACAUUUGUUUUGGGUUUCAUGUAUUGAAUAUUUGUAUAACAUUUUCUAUGACGGAACAAAUAAAAUAUUUCUUUUCUCUC